AUGGCUGAAGAGGAGCUGCUGACACGUAUGGAAGCCGACCUGGACCGUGACAGUAACAAUGGUUCAAUUGCCAAGCACGAGGACGAUGGAUAUGCCGCUGCCAAUGUCAGUGUCAGUUCCUACGCUAUACGAGACGAUAACUACGACUCCGAGGACGUGCCUCUCCUUCCUCAAUCCGACGACCCCUACUUCGAUAAUAUUCCCCUCCUAACCCUGUCGACAAAAGAGCAUUGGAUAUCCGCAUCUCUGGCUCGGCCCACCCAAAAGCUCCGAUGGUGCCUCUCUUACCUCAAAACACUGCCAUCAUAUCUAUCUGUACAUCUGCGAUCCCCAGGCCGCCUGCUCAAAUCCGCCUUACCAACCUACUGCACACCCAGCCGCAUACCACCUCCUCGCCAAGGCCCAACGGCCUACCUGGACUCCCUGCGCGGCUACGCCGCCGUCAUCGUUUACAUCUUCCACUUAUACGAUCAGUGGGGCGACCUCUCAUGGCGCCGCUUCCCGUUCGUUAGCACCUUCUUCGGCGGUCCUGGUAUGGUCAGCGUCUUCUUUGUCAUCUCGGGCCAUGUGUUGGGCUACGGUUUGUUACUCAGCAUGCACAGGAGGGAAGAAGGGCGAAUGCUACAAGGUCUCGCCUCCGCCUUGUUUCGGCGGUAUUUGCGCCUGUACGGCAGCGUCGUCGUGGCUAUGAUCCUCACGCUCGUCCUAAUGAGGCUGGGUGGUUACAAGGGCGUGUAUCUCUACAAACCCUACCACGAAGAUAUGAUUGAACAGCUGAAGGAUUGGUUCGUAGACCUCUUCAAUUUCUGCAACCCUUUCUCUGGCCAGAUCACCGACAUCCACAACGACUGGCCUCUCGGCUCCUCCUACUUACCUCAGAUGUGGACCAUCCCCGUGGAAUUCCGGGGUAGUAUCUUCUUGUUCGCGUUCUGCGCGGCCAUUUGCAAAUUGACCGCCAAGGCACGCAUGAUCGUUAUGGGGGUCGUCAUUUUCAUGGCUUAUUGCUGGCAAGCUGCCUACAUAGUCGAGUUCACUGGCGGCCUCCUGAUAGCGCAGAUCUCUCUGGUCCGCGACCCUGAGCGCAUUUCGGGACCAUCCUCAUUGACCGUCCCCAUGACCACAAACGCACAACCGGCACCGCGACCGCGACUAUCGCUGCUUUCCAAGAUGGCCCACACUGCCCUCUUCAUCGUCGCCUUCCUUCUCCUCGGAGAAAACGAUGCCGGACAAACGCAACUGCGCCUCUGGGGCAGUUUCCCCUGGGUUUAUCUGACCAAAAUGGUCCCACCCUGGUGGAGAGAGCAGGCAAGAUACCUCUUCUGGCUCAGCUGGGGCAGUCUGGGCCUUGUGUAUUCGUUGGAGUUCUUCCCGACGCUGCGGCGGCCGCUGGAAUGGAGGGUGUCGCACUACAUUGGAGAUAUCUCCUUUGGCGUCUACGCUAUGCACGUCCCUGUUGGCAUGGGUUUGAGGCUGGAAUGCCUGGAUUCGUGGCGGAAGGCGUGGGCCGGUGAGGCGAAUUGGGGGUAUCUGCUGCAGGCAUUGGUUAUCACCUUCCUUGUGUUGACGGCCGCGGAUUACUUCACGCAGUUGGAUCGAGCUGUGGUUCGAUUAGGGAGGUCAUUUCAGCAAAGGGUGUUCACUAAGUGGUAG